AUGUCUUGUACAGGUGGUGGAAUAGGCUGGACUGGCGGAACUACUUGCGAUUCCGGAACAACAUGUACUACAAUAAACGCUUACUACUUCCAAUGUCUACCUGGGGGUUCUGGAUCUACGACGAUCCCAUCUAAUCCUACAUCAACUACCACCUCGGGCUCCACCUCAACUGCUGGUGGCACCUUGAACAGCAAGUUUGUUUCUCAUGGGAAGAAAUUCUUUGCCUCGGCCGCAGAUUCCGGCACCCUCAACAUCGCUAAGAAUGCUGCCCUUCUACAAUCCCAGUUUGGCGGCGUCACGCCCGAAAACUCUAUGAAGUGGGAUGCCACCGAACCCAACAGAGGGCAAUUCAACUUCGGUGGUUCCGACGCACUCGUCAACUGGGCCGUCUCGAACAACAAGCUUAUUCGUGGACACACACUUGUCUGGCACUCUCAGCUCCCCUCAUGGGUUAGUGCCAUCAAGGACAGUGCCACUCUGACAUCGGUCAUUCAAACCCAUAUCUCCAAUGUUGCAGGUCGUUACAAGGGUAAAUUAUAUGCUGUAAGUUCUUUCCAACUCAUUAAGUUCGAUUGGAAGUUGAGUGGUUAUCGCCCUAAAUUUAGUGAAAUCUUCAACGAGGACGGCUCUCUCCGCAGCAGUGUCUUUUCGCAAGUUCUUGGCCAAGACUUCGUGAGGAUUGCUUUCCAGGCAGCCAGAGCAGCUGACCCGACCGCCAAGCUGUACAUCAACGAUUAUAACCUUGAUUCCAACAACGCAAAGGUACAGGGACUGGUCCGACUUGUCAACUCGGUCAACUCUGGCGGCAAGCUUAUUGACGGUAUUGGCACUCAGUCGCAUCUCGGCGCUGGUGGCGCUGGCGGAGUACAAGCUGCACUCACUGCGCUCGCCGCCACUGGAUGUGAAAUUGCCAUGACAGAACUGGACAUCGCUGGUGCCGCGCCGAACGACUACACUACCGUCGUAAAAGCAUGUCUCAACACACCGAAUUGUGUGUCCAUCACGACUUGGGGUGUGUCUGACGCGAACUCAUGGAGAGCGAGUUCGACCCCAUUGCUUUACGACACCAACUACAACCCCAAACCAGCUUACACGGCGGUAUUGAACGCCAUGUAGAUAGUCAAAGCAUUAUGUAUAUUAUAG